AUGGCUGUCUGGGAUCCCUCCAAGAACAAAACAUACCAAAUCCUCAAAGAUGCCGAGGACAAGGGUUACGGUGUCCUUGCCCCCAUUGCAUACAACAUCGAGCAAAUCAUAGCCUUUAUUCAAGCGGCCGAGGCAAAACGCAGUCCGCUCAUCAUCCAGGUAUUCCCAUGGGCCAUUACCUUUUCGUCCGGUCUUUUGGUCGUUGCGGCCGCCCACGCAGCAAAACAGGCCUCGGUCCCCGUCGCGAUCCAUCUGGAUCAUGCGCAGGACGAGGCCAUGAUUCGGCACGCGGCCGACACGCUCCCCUUUGACAGCAUCAUGGUGGACAUGAGCCACUACGACAUGGAUGAGAAUCUGGCCAAGACAGCGGCGCUGGUCAAGUACUGCCACGAGCGCGGAAUAGCUACCGAGGCGGAGCCUGGGAGGAUAGAGGGCGGCGAGGAUGGCAUCGCGAGCACCGAGGACCUCGAAGGCGCGUUGACGACGGCGGAGCAGGUCGAAGAUUUUAUUGCGACUGGUAUCGAUUUUCUCGCGCCGGCGUUUGGCAACGUUCAUGGAGAAUAUGGGCCGCGUGGCCCAGAGCUGCAGUUUGACAGGCUGAAGAGUAUUCAUGACAAGGUCAAUCGCAGAGUGCGCGUUGUCCUCCACGGAACCAACGAUUUCCCAGAAACCAUCAUGAGGAGGUGCAUCAGCGGGGGCGUCUCCAAGAUCAAUGUCAACAAACUUGUGCUGGACGAUUAUCUGAUCCAUCUCAAGACGGUGGCGCCAACCCUCAGUCUAACAACGUCGAUGGAACAAGGCGUCGCAGCGGUGCGACGUCUAACAGAGUGGCAGAUGGACGUCUGCAAGUCUACUGGCAUGGCCAACUGA